AUGGUUCAAUCAUUGAAAUUUGACGGCAAAGUUCCCAAUUGGUAUCAUACGGAUUGUUUUUUUAAAAAAGUGAAACUAAUUGAUGUAAAAAUUAUGAAAGGUUUUGAUGAUUUACGUUGGGAAGAUCAAGAUAAAAUUCAUGAAAAUGAUCCGAACAAUACAUUCACUGUUGAAUAUGCUAAAUCAAAUCGAAGUACAUGUCAUGGUUGUGACACAUCGAUUGACAAAGAUACAUUACGUUUAUCGAGAAAAAAUUACACAAGUAAAAGAUCACGACGUUAUGGAUCAACUGAUGAAUGGUAUCAUGUAGAUUGUUUUAAUCACAUGAAAAAAGAUCUUGGAUUCUUUGGCAAUGCUGAAUUAUUUUUCGGUUUUGUUGAUUUGAAUAAUGAAGAUCAAGUGGAACUUAAAGAGAAAUUUGGUACAUCAACUAGUUCAAAACAAAAACGUAAAGGUGUAAGGAUAAACGAUGAAUCGACAAAAGAAAAACAAGCAAAAAUUGAAGAUACGACAUUAGAAACUUUGAAUGAACAAGAAGAGACACGUCUCAAAAAGGAACAAUGUGAACUUCUAUGGACUUACAAAGAUAAUUUACGAAAAGAAAUCCCCAACGACGUUCUAAAAGAAUUACUUGAAUUUAAUGCACAAAAACCAGUUUCUGGAGAAUCAAAUUUAAUUGAUGCUGUGACUGAUUAUAUGGCAUUCGGUGCACUUGAACCAUGUCCGAAUGUAAUGGUUUUCUUGUUUUCAAUUAUACAAAUUAUCGUUGUACAGGCAACACUCCCGAAUGGACAAAAUGUUCUUAUUGAACACAAUUACCUAAACGAAGAUCAUUUGAAAUGCCAGAUAAAAUCAAAGAAACCUACAACAUGUUUUGAAAUUAAAGAACCUGAUUAUGAUCCAAAAUUGCCUCUUAAUGACUAUUCGGUUGCAUUAGUCGGUCGUUUAUCAAAGAGAACAAGCACUUUACAAAAACAAAUCGAACAAUUAGGUGCAACAAUUGUUUCGACUAUUGACAAAACAGUUGAUGUGAUUAUUAGUACACAAGAUGAAGUACAAAAAGGAAAUAAAAGAAUUCAAAAUGCACAAACAUUCGAAAUUCAUAUUGUUCCAGAACAAUUCUUGGAUGAUAUAGUUAAUGAUCGACCAUCAAUUGUAAUGGAAAAAUUGAAAUUAUCGACCUGGGGUAUUUUACCACAUAUUCGAAAACAACAAACUCAUGAAAAGAAAAAAAUAAAACGAAAAUCAUCGAACACAUUUAAAUCUGUCGGUCGAUCAAAACAAUUCAUACCGGGAAAAGUUACUAUGAAAUUAAAUGAUGGUGUUGCAGUUGAUCCUGAUUCUGGACUUGAAGAAACAUGUCACGUAUUGAAAGAUAGUAAAACUGGUGGUAUUUUUACGGCUGUACUUGGUAUGGUCGAUAUAACUCGUGAUACGAAUUCAUAUUACAAAAUUCAAUUACUCGAAGAUGAUAAUGGCAAAAAAUGGUUUCUUUUUCGUGCAUGA